UGUACCGCGCGGGUGUAGUUUGACAGUCGCCUAACAAUCCGCAAAAAAUGGCAGACAAGGACAGUUCAUCGGGGGGUGGAUCCCAGGAGAACCUCGCCGUCGACGCCAUAAACCUGGACAUCGAGGAGCUGGACGAUGCAGAGUACGCGAUACCGUCGCUGGACCACCUGCCGACCCUGGAGAGCAUCCUGACAGAGCAGGACACCGGUGAAUUAUCGGGCACCGACCUGGACAUCGGUGCUGCCUCGGCCUCGGCGGUGGACGGCAGCGAGACAACGAGUGUCGGUAGCCUCCUCUCCCUGAAUUCCCUGAGCAAACCGACACCCCGAAACCCGGAGAUUCCCCUGUCGGGGGUGAUAAUGAAGCACGCGAUAAUGCGGGGGAUAACAUCGCAGAUAAAAUCCGCCUCGGAGAAGGUGAACGCCGGGCUGGCGAGUGCGGUUGCCGCUGGUGGAGAUCUCCUGAUCAUUGGAACCAGUCACGGCCUCCUCUUGGCUUUUGACUCGAAGCAGACGCUGAGGUGGUGCAACCAGGAGGCGCGUCACCAGGGGGCGGUCUCAGCCCUGUGUUUCAAUCACGACGGCACACGACUGCUGGCCGGCUACGCCCGGGGGCACAUCCUCAUGAUCGACAGCUCGAGUGGAAAGGUCCUGAGGACUCUGACGGAGGUGCAUCCACCCGGGACAGCAGUCCUCCACGUGAGAUUCACUGACUCGCCUACCCUGGCCCUCUGCAGUGACAGCGGGGGCUCGGUCUUCGAGCUCAGCUUCACGAGGGUCAUGGGGGUGAGGGGGUGCGACUCCAAGUGUCUGUUCAGUGGAUCGCGGGGUGAGGUAUGCACGAUGGAGCCACUUCUGCUGAAUAAUUUACCUCGACAUCCCCUGAAGAACUACACACUCGUCGCCCUGGCGACGCUGUCCAAGGUCAUUGUCGUCUGCAUUCGCCCGAGGAUGAGGGUCGUCCUGACGCAUCCCCUGGCGGGGCCGACGAUUGCGCCACCGCAGGUCUCCUGGCAGCUGGUGGUGAUCCAGGCGCCGGACGCCACGCGAGUCAUUGAUCCCGUUCUCGCCCUUGCCAGAGACACAACUGUUCACUUUUACCAGGUGUGCUCGGAGGCCGGGUCGAGGGUGAGGCUGACGCCCCUCAGGAGAAUGACGCUUGCCUACACAAUCAGCAAUCUUCGAUGGCUGAACACGAGAUCGCUCGCUGUCCUGGACACGCAGGAGCGACUGCAUCUCAUCGAUGUUAGAACGCAGGAGGACCUGGAGACCAUUGACAUGAACCCCGUGGGGAUAUCCUACGCCUCGAGUCACUUCAAGGGCCUCUCCACGGGGGGCAACGUAUCCAAGGCGAUGGCGUUGGCUGGGGAACGGGCGUGCUACAACAGCGUCAUCACUUAUGGGAGCCAGCUGCUGCUGUUGGGAACGAAGCGACUGCACGUCGUCUUCAUCAGAACGUGGUCCGAACGACUGCGGUAUCUGACGCUUCAGAAGAGAUUCCCCGAGGCCCUGGCGCUGGGUCUGUCCUUUCACCAGGACAAGGGGAAGGCUGUGGUGGGUCUCAGUGGGCUCAAGAAGGUAAGGAAACGGCUGACCUUCAUCAAGACGAGUGAGGUAUUGAUGCAGUACAUGCACGAGUUCAUCAGGUCGCCAGGGGACUACGGAAACGAGAGCGAGAUCAUUGCGACUUGUGUGGAUUAUGCUGUACAGCUUGAGAAUAGUUAUCUGUUGUUCGGCGCUCUGUGGGAUCUCGUGUCGGAGACGCCGGGGUUGAAGGCGAGCUAUCUGAGGGCUCUCGAGGGCCCUCUCCUGGACGGCAGCCUGUUGCCAAGACUGCCACCACUGAUUGCCCAGCAGUUUGUCGAGUUGUACGACAAGGAGGACAGGUUGGAGCCUCUUCAGGCUGUCGUUGUUCUCCUGGACGUCGAUUGUUUGGACAUUCACCAGGUGACGACCAUCUGCAGGGCCAGGUGCCUCUGGGAGGCGCUCAUUCACCUGCAGACGGCAGCUCUGGGGGACUUCACGGCACCCAUUCACCAGCUGAUGCCCGUUCUCCAGAAUUUCAUGAAGAGCACGAGGGAGACGAUGCCGAGGGAGUGCAUCAGGCUGGGAAAUGCCCUCCUGGUGUACGCCAGCUGCUGCCUGGCUGGUAGGGGCUUCCCCAGGGGCGAUCUCCCUGAGGACCAGCCACAGAGGGCUAAGGUCGAAGUCCUCAGGGCUCUGUUGUCACAACAUUCCAGUCUCGCUGAAGACAACGAGCGCCAGUAUCCGUAUCUGAGGAGUCUUCUCAGAUUCGAUGCUCGAGGCUUUCUCGACGUCAUCUCCAUGGCCUUUCAAGAGCCCGAAUUCAAGACUGAAAUGGGACUGCGACAGAGACAGAGACUCGUGGACAUUCUGUUGUCCAUCGUCAUGCCGACAACACCAGUGUCUCCAGACAGUCCUGAGUACCUCACGAGCAAUCAGAGAGCAACUGUCCUGGUCUUUGUGGCGAAUGAAAUGGCGGAGGGCACUGUCACCCUGGAGUCCUCCACUCUGAAUCGAUUGAUUGAGGUUCUCUGCACCGACACUGGGGACAUGGUAACACGAGAUCAGAAACUGGAGCGAGAGAACGCCCUCCUCCAACUCCUGAAUACGAAGAAGCUGAAUGGAAUCACUGAUAACACUAUUUUAAAUUUAUCCCAGAGGGCGAAAUUCUUGAGGGUUGCCGAGGUGGUGUACACGGCGAGGGACGACUGGGUCUCCGUCUGCAGGUGCAUCAUCGGGGACCACUACAGGCAGCACGAGGUGUGGCAGUGGCUGGAGAGGCUGCCCAAUGGGGCUUUUCAAGCGGUUAUGCUGGCACACGCAGCAACUCUCGUUGCUCUAGACGCCGACAGGGUUGCUGGCUUUGUCAAUAGAAUUCCCGCGAAAUUGUCGGCCAUCCUGGAGAUGCUGGAGACAGAGUCGAGGCUGGAAUUUGCGCUGCUGUCGUCGUUGUACCAUGGGAAUCAGUUCAGGGAGGAGGAGGAGAACAGGGUGGAGCUCACGACGCAACAGCUCGAGAGGUUUCUAGCGCUCAUGUGUCGAUAUGAUCCUGACGGUGUUGUUGGUCAUGUCAAGGGGGUGCACGGCUGCAGGCUCGACGAGGCUCUGAGGAUCGUGAGGGAGGCGGGGCACAAGGAGGCCACUGCCGUCAUGCUGGAGAAAAUGGGGAACUAUCAGGAGGCCUUCGAGCUGCUCCAUGGGGGCCUGGAGGAACGACUGGGGCUGUAUCACCAGGGGGUGAUGGGGGAGGAGGAGGUGGUGGUGGCGACUAAACAGGUCGCGGGGCUGUGCAGACGGGCCGCGGGGAACCUCGACUGGAUGCCCCUGGUGGAGAGUGCUCUGCAGCCUCAGGCCGGGGGGAACCAGAGGGUCGAGAGGCUCAGGGGACGACUGCUCAAGGUCGUGCUGGAGGCGCUCAGUGGAACCACUGCCCUCUCCAUGGUUCUGGAGAAAAUUCUCAAGCAUCCGUUGGCCACUUCGGGGACCAUUGGGGAUAUCAGGCAGCUGCUGACCGGGGUCUUGACGCAUUCUAGGUACGAGCAGGUUCUCGUUGAGACCACGGCGAGACUCGUCAGUCUGGAGCUGCAUGAGGCACUCAAGAGGACGCUUAGAGAUUCUGGAAGAGCAUGCGCAAGUGCUUCAAUGGUCUGCCCCGUGUGCAGACAGGUGCUAACCCAGUGUACAGACUACACAGUGUUCUUUGGCUGUGGCCAUGGCUAUCAUUCCCAGUGUUUAGGAGAGAGAAAGCUCUGCUACAAGUGCCUAAACGACAAGGGUUGGGCGCCAGUUGCAACAAAUUACGAUGUGCCAACCCCGAGGGCCCCUGAGAGGCCCCAAAUAUUACCACCAGCCUUCAUGCGUCGACGUGAACUCACCCUCAGACUCGGUGCACCAACAGUACUGUCGGAUCUCGAGGGGAUUCUUUGAAAAUUGUCAUAAUUCAAUGUAAAUCUAGUCUCAAAUCAUUCAGAAGCAUCCCAGGAUAUUAAUCUGAUACUCAAGACAUUCAAAUUUGUAUAUUGAUUGUUAUUUUGUCUCGUGAUUUUUUUCCCUAUGUCGGGACAAUUUGCGGUGUCAUUGUAUCAUAUUUAUAAAUCUAUUGAUAAAAUUUAUGAUUAAUAGGAGAGAGUUUAUCGUUCUAAUUGAUUUUAAGGGAGGAACGUGGAAUAAAAGGAAACAAGAUCA